AUGACACCGCAUCACGAGCCCUUCAAGUCCCUCGCGCCCGUCACCUGGGCGGCGGUCACGGAAGAAGACCCCAAAGCCUUCCUCGCAAAUGUCUUUUCUGAUGCCCAAACAAUCAUCAACUCAAUUCCCGCCCCUGAGCCCGUCAAGCAGGCAACGACAGGUCGUGCCCGCUCGCAAACCGACCCUCCCCAUCCCGUCGCUGACCUAAACCAUGCCGUCUCCCAGCAGCGCCAGUCCGCCGCUGCACUCAGCCUAUCGCGUGAUCUAUCAAAGGAAUGGAAGGAGGUGAAAGUCAACCCUAGAGACAACCCGCUCGCGAUCAAUGUUUACAAGCUCGCUGCCAAAGACGGCAAGGGCAGCUGGUUCGCACGGCGGAGCGUUCACGACGGCCUGACCUAUGAGAAAUGGAAGCUCGGGCUCGAGAGGGAAUUCGCCGAGUCCAUGAAGGUACAGAGCGGGCCCGGAGCCGGCGCAAUUCGUGGUAUUGGCGCGGACAAAAGAGUAGUGCACCAGGUUGUCGAUGGCGCGGGGAAGAUGCAAGUGUUUCAAUUGUCAGCGCAGUUCCCGGGCCCGACCGCUCCGAGAGACUUUGUAACCCUGCUCCUUACUUCCGAGUUCUCCGGCAACGCCCCCGUGGAAGAAGGCCGAAAGAGGCCUCUGCGAUCAUUCAUGAUUGUGUCGAAGCCAUGCGUACACCCCGAAUGCGCUGAGCGGCAAGGCUACAUCAGAGGCCAGUAUGAGUCGAUAGAGAUCAUCCGCGAGAUCCCAUCCGAUAAGCCAUCAAUCACCCGCGCAAGGUCAUCUAUUGACCUUAGUCACGACAGCCCAAAAGAAAGGCAGGCUGUAGCCGAAUCAAUGGGAAGAGAAGCAGUAUUGAGAGCAGCCAAAAAGUCGGCGGAAGGGGAGGGCGGUCGGCAACGUGGAACAUCCGUAGACAGCGCCCCCGCGAGAGACGAUGCCGGACAUAACGAUGAUGGAGCUGAGGAGGAAUCAACGACAUCGAUUGAAUGGCUUAUGGUUACUCGCAGCGACCCCGGCGGAAACGUGCCUCGGUUCUUGAUUGAUCGUGGUACCCCAGGUGGAAUUAUCGGUGACGCUGGAAAAUUCAUCAAGUGGGUGACGGCCAAGGCUUCAGAAGACUUUGCGUCUUCAGAUACCGAGCAGGAGGAGUCAAAGGAGGCGGCCAAAGAAGCCGAAUUAGAAAAGGCUACCUCUCCAACCGAGAUUGCCAAGGAGCCAACAUCCAAUCUGGUGCCUGAUGCAUCGGUACAGGAUGAUACAAAUCCGCCAACCAGCAAUGGUCUUUACGGUAUUAUCUCAGGCGCAUUCGGGAUGGCCGGCUCCGUGGUGGCAAGCCGCUUGCCGAACGGCCUGCCCGGCAUGUUUCAAGCACCGAGCACUAACGGCUCGAUAGCUGAAGAAGAUGAAGACGAGGACGAGUCUAAUGAGAGCGAUACUUCAUCCAUCCGAAGCUUCGCCUCUGCUGUUGAGAAGACGGACGAGGGUGAGGCCGUCACUCCCCCUGACGUGCCACAGCCUGACGCCAUGUCUCUGAACUCGUCCGGCUCCGGCGCGGGGUCCCUGAGCAAGAGUACUUCAUCGCAUCACGAGCGGGAGCUCAAGAAGCUCCAAGACCGUCGAAGGAAAAUGCAGGAGAAGAUCAAUAAGAUGCAGGAACGCAUGUCUAGCAAGCGUGCCGAGGAUUCUCAGCGCGAUUCGGCACAGUUGGCCAAGCUGCGCGAGAAACACGAUAAGGAGAUUGCAAAGCAGGAAGAAAAGUACAAGCGCGAGCUGAAACGGCUUGAGGAGCGACGGGAGCACGAUGAACGCAAGGCCGAAGAACGGCGUCGAAAACAGGCUGAGAAGGAAGAGAAGGGAAACAUGGCCAUGGAGCUCGAGCGAGUCAAGGCCGAGCGUGACGUCGCGUUGAAGCAAAUUGAGAUUCUCAAGGGACAGAUUGGAGAGCUGCAGAGCCAGAACACCAUGCUGGUGGCCAAGAUGGGCCGCAUGGGUGGCUUGAAGAGGGAGGAUUCUGCGGCAUGGAGCACGGCCGGCGAGAGGGUGCCCCAAAGCGUCUCAAACUAG